AUGGUGUUGAAUGAGAUGCACGCCAUUGGAUAAGAGAGAGUGCGGUAAUCAGCCAAUCAGCGAGCAGCGUGUCACCUUGCGGCCAGGUAAGAGGUGAGAGGUGCUGUGCGGCGAGGUGAGGUGAGGUGAGGUGGGGUUAGGUGGGGUUAGUCCAGCCUGGCCCUCACCUGUCACUCCGGCAUGACCACCUGACGCAGCUGAAGACUUCAAUGUGCCCCGGGAAAUGUGACCCACUUCAACUUAAAUUGACGUGCUCCUCCCUUCUCUCCGCUGCGGCUCCCUCCCUCCUCCAGGCGCCAUGAGGUGUUCAGGAGGGCGUGGCGACCGCUCCUUCCCUCCCACCUGUGCUAACCAAGACACUGUUAGCUGGUAAUGGGGAAAGAAUACAUCGUAGCAAGCAAUGUGGAAAGAUAGCUUAACCAAGGCGGUGUUAACAAGGAAUAUGGGAAGAAAACAACGUAAUUAGGACAGUGUUAGCAAGCGUUAUGUAGAAAUAAGAUAUAAGCAGUUAUUAAAUAGUGCACCAGGCAGAGAAAACAUAAAUCACUGCAGCAAUGAACAAGUAGAGAAAAGGAAAUUUACUUUAACUGGGACACAAGAAAAGCUCUGAAGGCAAGACCACCAGCACAGCAACACCAACAAGCAUUUGAAGACAGGAACUGAUACAUACCCAGUAACCCGUCCACCAACCCUACAUGAUCUGGCUUGUUAUCUAAAGUGCUGUCCGUAUCAGUGUUAUCAUCCAGCGCCCCUCACCAUCACGCCGGCAGCAUGUCUGAGGACGAGGCAGCAGCCGGCAUGGCACCCACCGAGCAGAAGAAUUACUUGGGGUUUGACUUUAGCACCCAACAGGUGAAGGCCAUUGUGGUGAAUAAUGCCCAGGAGGUGCUGCAGGAGGCUGCCGUGCAGUUUGACAAUGACCUGCCAGAGUACAGGACACAUGGUGGGGUGCAUGUGAGGGGUGACCAGGACUGCACCGUCACAGCCCCCACCAUCAUGUGGGUGAAGGCGCUGGACAUGCUCAUGGACAAGCUAAGGGUGGCCGGGGCAGACUUCUCAACUAUUGCUGCCAUCUCGGGUACUGCCCAGCAACAUGGGAGUGUAUACUGGCGGACAGGAGCAGCCAAGACCUUAGAGGACCUGCAACCAGACCGCUUCCUCCAUGAACAGCUGGUCCUUUCCUUCAGUGUGAGUGACAGUCCCAUCUGGAUGGACUCCUCCACCUCUGAGCAGUGUGACAUGCUGGAGGAGGCAGUUGGGGGACCACAGAAACUUGCCGAUCUCACUGGAUCGCGGGCAUACAAGAGGUUUACGGGUCCACAGAUUGCCAAGAUAUACCAGAAGCGCAAGGAGGCAUACAAUAAUACAGAGAGGAUCUCCCUGGUGAGCAGCUUUGCAUGCUCCCUGCUCUUGGGCUCCUACGCACCCAUCGACUUUGCUGACGGCUCGGGGAUGAACCUGCUGGACAUCAAGACUAAGACCUGGUCCCAGCCUUGCCUUGAUGCUUGUGCACCCGGUCUGGCAGAGAAGCUGGGAACUCCUGUUGCUGCUGCAGAACGUGUUGGUGUGGUGUCAGGCUACUUUGUGGAUCGGUACAGCUUCAACCCAGAAUGCGCAGUUGUGGCCUUUACUGGAGACAAUCCUGCUUCCCUUGCUGGCAUGUGUGUUGGGAAGGGUGACCUGGUGGUGAGUCUGGGCACCAGUGACACCCUCAUCCUGUGGCCUAGUGACCCGCCGCUCCCACAGCUGGAGGGCCACGUGCUUGUCAACCCUGUGGACAGCGACUCUUACAUGGUGCUCUUGUGCUUCAAGAACGGCUCAUUUACAAGAGAGAGGAUCCGUGAUGAGAGUGCUGACGGCUCGUGGGACAUCUUCAACGAGCUCCUGGACAUGACGCCUCGAGGGAACUUUGGCAACAUGGGAAUGUACUACCACCUGAAGGAGAUCAUCCCAGAGCUGGAGGGAGUGUUUCGCUUCAAUAAGGCUGGGGAAGCAGUAGGGAGGUUUGCCAGCAGGGAAGUGGAGGUGCGGGCUGUGGUGGAGUCACAGUUCAUUGCCAAGAGGAUGUAUGCAGAAAAGCUUGGAUAUAGUGUUGGUGGCGAAGGGCGGCGGGUGCUGGCAACAGGAGGCGCCUCAGGGAACACCUCUAUCUUGCAGGUGUUGGCAGAUGUGUUCAGCUGUCCUGUCUACACUAUGGAGGUGGCCAAUUCUGCCUGCCUGGGCAGUGCGUACCGAGCCAAACACGGCCUAGUUGGUGGCCAGUACCUGGAGAGCAUCAAGAGCCAAUCCUUCAAGUUGGCAUGUCAACCCAACUCUGAUGCCUACCAGAUGUACACCCCAAUGGUGAAGCGCUUCCAGUCCCUUGAGGCAGCCAUUUUUGCAAACAAGAAGUAACACCUGAAAGGUUGCAGGGGUGAUUGCAACUCCAGCAUAUCUGUGAUGAGUUGUGUAUUGAAGGCAAAGCAGCUUUUAAGUGGCAGCUGUGAAGGAAUUUGUUGGCUCUUACAUUUACCUAAGAGAUUUUAUCAUUGCUUGCAUUAUAUGUCAGAGCUUUUUAAAGUUAUGUAGUUGUUAAUCUCUUUAAUAGUUUAUUUAUAAUUAGCCAGAGGUUACUUGUAGCUCAUUCCUCAGGUUGUGAAAGCACAUCAAGCAUGUAUUUCAUAUCAAGUGCCUCAGACCAGAUUAUUAGAAUUAAGGGUUGUGCCUCUCAAGCCAGAUGGUUAGUAUUAAGGGCUUUGUGCAUUCCACAUGUAUGGUGCUGCUAGUUGUUAGUGAUCCUUCCAGGGCUGCUGCUGCUGUCAGUCACCUCUCAUGGCUGACUGAUGCUAAAGAAGCCCCACAAAUAUUGAUAAGGCUAGGCUAAGGAUACUACAAUAUUUUUUUCGUACUUUAUUUUGUUAAUACGUACAGUGUUGGUUGGCUGCUAGACAUGUCAGCAGAGCACACCAGGCAUGUUUGCUUCAUCAGCUCAAGCAAAGCAGCCCCAAUCCUCACACCUUAUUUAAGGUAGCAGUACACUGUAUGAAAGUCUACCUGCUUGGAAUUGUAACAUAGGUUGUCUGCCAUCACCAUUCCAGUACAGCCUGCCUGCUGUCAUGCAUUAGUUUUCUCAGGUGGUGGUAAUUGUAGCUGUUUGUGAAUGGAAUGCUUCAAGUACUCACCUGAUUCUCUGGAGCAGUUGCCUUUGGUUAAGUUAAACUAUUAAGAGGCUGCAACACCAUCACUUGAGAGUGGCUGUGUAAGAUACAUACCCAGACUGGUAGUGUGAGGGGGCAGCAGAUCAGGCAGUGAUUAGCUUACAGGAAAUUUGUUUCAUUGAUACUAGUUGAUAAAGAAACUUAUUUCAUUGAUACUACCUGAUAAGUAAACCUAUCCCAGUGCAGUGCCUUUCAGAACUUGUACAGCAAGAACCUCAUCAUGUAAAUCUUGCUGUAGGUGUAGUCAACUACCCUGUCAGACAUUUCAUUUAAAGGAAAACCCAUCACAGUUUUCAUUAUGCAUUGGUGACCACCAUAAUCACAAUUCUGCAAUACAACAAACACUUUGUAAUGAAAACUCGCACAGUAAGUGGAGUAAUCAUCGUAUAUACAGACCUUAGCAGGACAUACAGUGGAAAGAAAGAUAUGCAUGAGCAGAUAUUGCAGAUGGUGAUGCCCACCAAUUGUUUACACACACACACACACACACACACACACACACACACACACACACACACACACACACACACACUGUAAGUGGUGAAGACCCAAAAACAGGUUGUCAUUUACUAGCAGUAUUCUCAAUAUUGUGUAUAAUGAUAAUUACAGUAGCCUAUGACAAUCUUUUGAAGAUCUUGAAUGACAAUCAGUCAAAAAAUGAAGCUAACAUAUAUAGCUUGGUAGAUGUCCAAUUGGAAAUGUCACACAUACUCAAAUUCAUGAUUGCAAUUUUGCAUCUGUGUACACAUUGUGACUGAGUUGAUAGGUGAGAACCAUUAUAUUGUUUAAGCCACCAGUGGGUAUGGACAAUGGUGAGAGAGGAAGAAGGAAGGAAAUGAUGCAAAAGACAAGGGAGAAAAGAUGCAGACAAAAGGAAGAGAAGAUAUUGAAGAUGCAGAAGUCAGUUCAAAUGAAAUUCUAAAAUUGUGAAAGAUUCUCACCCUCCUCCUCCCUCACUCUCCAUAAACCCACAGCCUCUUCCAAACAGGCUGUCAUUCUCAACAGACCAAACAUCUCAAAUUGUGGUUAAUAGUGUAGUCAGUUCUAUAAUUGUCCCUAUCCAGAAGCAAAUUUGUGACCACAGCUAUACUGUGCAUGCUGCAAACAUUUACAGAUCAUAGUAGUGAGUACCUUGUCAGUCACACUGGUGCCAUUUGAUAAAUUAUAUAUUUGCAUAAAUAGCUACUGAUACUGAAUUAAUUCUAAAGCAAAACUUAUACACCUCCAUAAUCCAAGUGCUAUUACACACAACAAAUGCAAUAAGUUUUCCUUAAUAAAUUAUUUAAAGAUAAAACCACACAUGGUUAAAAAUUUCUCGUGCGCUACUGAUGACUAGCAAUGGAAACAUCUGAUAUUUAUCAAAAGACAAGAUGGCAACAGUGUGGCCAACAAGACCAUAAACACUAUUAUUUAUGAAUGUUAGCAGCAUGCACAGUGCAGCUGUGUUUACAUUAUUACUGUUGUUUCGAGGAGGGAAAAUUUAAAAAAUCAAUUACAGUUAAGGAUUUCCCCAUUUGGCCCAUUAUUGUAGACAGCCACUGAGUGAAGCUGUGGUUUGUAAACAUACAGUUGGGAACAUCCUGUGGGUCUGUAGAGAGAAAUUUACCUAGUUGUGUUGUACAGGACACAUGCCAAAGCUCAUUGUUCUGUUUCCAUAACCAUAUUUAUCCAGUUUUCUUUAAACAUGUGUAAACUGUUUGCCACAGCCACCUCUUCCUUCAAACCAUUCCAGAUUUCACUAGUUCAAUACAAGAAGCUGCAUUUCUUGAUGUUGCUUGAACAUCCACUCUUUUUUCUUUCCAUGCCCCCUCCAUCUGUGGUACCAAGUCAUUUCAAUCAAUUCUUUCUAUGUUGUCUUCUAAUUUGUACAUUAUCCCAUCUCUUGUAGUCUUUCUUCAUAGCUUAAGUCUCUUUGAAUUUUGGUACCAUCUUUGUCACUUUUCAUGUUUUUUUUUUUCUUCUACAUGGGAGUCCAGACUACUGCUGCAUAUUCCAGUUUAGGACAGUCCUAAUCAUGCUCGUUAUAAUUUUCAUAAUUUCUUUAUCCAAAUAGUUAAAUGCCACCCUAAUGUUUAAUAAGCUGUAUGUAGAGCUAGAUACCCUGUUUAUGUGCCUUUCAGGUGAUAUUGUGUCCUAAAUUAUUACUCACAAAUCUUUUUCUUCUCCCAUUUUGUUCUUCCAUGAAGGUCUCUUUCCUUUCCCCAUUUCCACCAACAUGUGGCAUUUUCUGGCAUUAAAUUCUAGUUUCUAUCUUUGGCUCCAUGUAUGUAUCUUGUCAAUAUCCUUUUGUAACUCCUUGUAGUCAUUUUCAUCCUUUAUUAUUUUCAUUAGUUUUGUAUCAACAAACUGGUUUAUAUAGCUAUUUAGAUUUUGUCAUAUCAUUUACAUAUAUUUGAAACAUGAUAGCUGCCGACACCUCCUUGCAGUAGCCUACUUGUCACUUCGCACCAACUUAAAUUAGUGUCUGUUUACUGUUCUCAUUUCCUCCCCUAGUAAAUAACCAAUACAUCUCAAUGUUGCUCCCUUUAGUCCUCCAUUCUCUAACUUCCACAUAAGGCUUUUGUGGGGAACUUAUCAUAUGCUUUUUUGAGCAUCAACCCAUCCAUCCCUCUCUUGCACUACAUCUAUUACUCUUGUAUAAAAGCUCAGUAGGUUUGUGACACAGGAUCUCCCUUUCCUGAAUCCAAAUUGCUUUUCUGUAAUUAUCUUUUCAUCAUCUAAAUAUUGCACCCAUUUAUCUUUAAUUAUUUCACAAAGCUUGCUUACAAUAAUACACUGGUUAAUAAUUUAAUGGUUCCAUUUUAUUUCCACCUUUGUAUAUUGGCACUAUGUUAGCUCUUUUCCAUUCCCUUGGAAUUCCCUUUUCUUAUUAUACCAUAUACAUUCCUUGCCUUUCUGCAUUCUUUUCUAGUAUUUCCAUUCAGUUGUCUCAUCAUUUUCCUUUUCUUUGUAAGACAUGUUCCACUGCUUUAUGACAUGAAUCUUAUUUUCAUUGGUGGUGUUGCAUUUUCAUUGUACUUUUCAAUCCUGUGAAUCUUACUUUCAUUGGUGGUGUUGCAUUUUCAUUGUACUUUCCAAUCCUGUAAACCUCUUCAGUUUGUUCGACUUUCUCCUUCCUCCACCACUUCUAUAAUUUUCUUAGCCCUUUUCACUUCUUUCUCUCAAUUUUCAUGGGUAGGUUCUUCUCAUUGACUCCAAAUAUAACAACACUCAUCUUUCUCUGUACCGUGUCUCUCUCAAGAUUACUUUAAAAAUUUUCCUUUAUUAUUUUAAUCACUUCCUUUUCCUUAUUGUGUCUUAUUAUCUUUUUCAUUUCCACCUUUUGUUCUCUUCUUUCCAACUUCUGACCAUCACUAACUCUUUCCCUUCCAACACUCCAACUUCUGACUUCGUCACUAACUCUCACUUCCAACACUAAUUUCUCUCUCUUGUAAGGCUUUCUGAAACUCUUCAUUUUCUUCCCCAAGUUUCUUGAUUUCUUCAGUAUUUCUUGUUAAGUUCACUAUAUUUGUCACCUCUUCCGUUUUCUCUUUCCAUCUCCUUCUUCUGCUAUAUCACUGGAUAUCAUUUUUACAUUGUCACCAUCCACCUUUUCUUACUUCCUUCCAUGCCUUUAUUAUUGCAGCUAAAUUACGUUUCUUCUUAUUUUCACAUUCAUUUAUUUGUAUAAGCUAUCCGGACAUCCUCUUCCUUGAAACCUACACCAUCUUCCCUGUUGAUGUCUCUGCCAACAUUUAUUUAUACACCAUUCUCCCAUUUCACCCUUUCAGCCACUCCCUGAUUUACACUUCACUUUCCCCUGUGCCCAAACCUCACACAAUUCUCCAUUAUGGAGACAGGACUCAAGCUUGGCCUCCCCUGCACAACCAAAACCUAGGUAAAAACCUUGGAGCUGCUGUUGAUGCAUCCAAUCAACUAUGUGGCGUGGAGGCGUGUGUGCUUGUGUGCACAUACGCACGCACACAUGCACACACUUGCUAUAGAUACUCAACUCUACCAAAUAUGCAGGCAAUGUUAACUACCAAUUUCAAACAUCUACAUGCCCAGGGUCAGUGUGACACUUCAGUGCUUUGUCACAACACUGACUAGAUUGUUAGUGGGUUAAGGAACUACCUAUAGGAGGUGUUAACUGAGAGAAAUGCUUCCAUGGAUAAGUCUUCCUGCAAACUCACUGGGCGAGUCAAUAACAGAUAACUUUACAUGUAGAGGCAAAACCACUCAGCAAGAAGUUUGAUAUCCUGCAGUAACUAGCACCUACACAACUACUACCUGAACUGAGCAAAAUGGCUACUCUAUGUGUUGCACCUGCUCCAAGUCCUCUGGCAAGAUUUGCUUUGCCCUGCAGAAAUUAUUUGAAAGUUUUGCCAAAACUAUUUGCAAUAUGUAAUAUUGUAAUAAAGAUUAACACACCAAG